AUGUUAAGAGGUGCUUUCCUUUGGCCACUGGCCUGGUUUUCCUUUGCUUUAUUCCUGUUAUAUUCGCCCCGACAGCCAGCCAAAGGUGGCGAUGACUUCGUGCCAGACUGGAGCCCUGAUGACGACGAGCCAGAGACCCCAGCUAAACCCAGUCCGGUAGACUUCACACAGUUAGCGGCCGGUGCUGACAACCGCAGCGAGGUCUUGGACCGGGUUCUGACUUUGCUGGAGCAGCAAAAGCUCAGAAGCCAAGCCAUGGUUGCUCGCCAGGAAGCGGAACGCACCAGGUCUAACUGGCAAGAAGAGGCCUUCAGCCUCAUUUGCGGCCCCGAGCCCCUGAGGUUGCUUGACUUGUUGGACGAGGUCACCGAAUCCAAUGUGCUGAUGAUGCGCGAUGGGAACGGCCUCAACCUCUUGCAUCAAUGCUGCCGCAUAGGGUGCAUUCCCGUUGUUGAGAAGCUGCUGACCAUUCACCCUGCGCUGACAGACCAGAUGACGUCUCCCCACGGACGGCCUGCGUUCUGGAGCCCUUUGAUGGUGCUUUUGGAUGCUAAGCGCAUCAUGUGGGAGGAUUCUUACAAGGAGCUCAUGGGGCUGAUCUUGGCGAGCUCCAGCUUGGCUACGUUGGAAGCACGAGCUGCGAACGGAAGCUCGGCUUUGCAUAUGGCUUGCGGCCGUGGCCAAUGGUGGUCGACGAAAAAGAUUCUGUACGCGGCCUACCACAAAGCUGGAGGCGACCAAGCGGCCUUUGGCCUGGUCACCUAUAUGGUCAACCAGCCAAAUGGACGUGGGGCUGGCUGUGUUGACCUCGCCCUGGCCUGCAAUGUUGCCCUGGCGACCUACUUGCAAGACGUGUGGAAUGGCACCCCCCUGCGCCCGCCGCCAGCUGAUCGCAGAGAUGGCAACAGCUGGUGGUCGUACAGGAACCCUGGCUACAGAGGACCGCCAACGCACGUGUGUCAUGGAUGCUGUGGCAGCCCCGGUGAAUCUUUAGAUAAGGCCACCGGCCUGGUUCAACGUCUCUUUCUUGGAAGCAUGAGCGUGCCAGCAUUGAACAAGUGGACAACAGUGUCGCCAGCUAUGUGUCUUUGCACAGCAAUGCAGCAUUUCUCCAAUGUUCUCCCCCUGGCAUUCAAGAACUGUUUUCCUCAGGGGCCUCAGGCCGGGUCUUCUGACUCUGAAGACGAAGGUGCUCAGCUGGGUGCCCCGGUGGAUCAAACCAAGGCCUGGCGAAGAUUGGCAAGGAGAAGGCAGAAAAAGGCUUCGCAUUUCCUGGGGGACAGGCAUUGUCAGUGGAUGACCUUGGUGUGGGCUGUGCUGACUGCUCCUGUGAUGGUGGUGCACUACAAGCUGUUCAAGCGAGGCACUUGGUUCACAGAGCGUCCUGAGCUCAGUGAAGGGGGUAGUGCCGCAGCUUCUACGUUUCGCACUGCAGCUUGGGAUGCUUUCCUGAGCAUUGGCAGCUUUCUGCUGCAGCAGGACACAGUCCAGGUUCCAGCCUGGAUACCAUUGGUGGGAAUGUAUGGGUCUGUUCUUUCUUGGUCCCAAGACAGGCUGCGGGCCGUUCGCAGAUGUAUUGUGACACUCCUGGGCCAGCUCUGGAGAAAGCUUUUAGCUCCAUGGCAGAAAUAUCCUUGGAAGCUGGUGGACUUGAUGCAAAAUCACUUGAGGGAAGAUAGGGUCAAGCUUUUUUUCAGUGAGAGGACGUGUGUUCUUGACUGCUUCAGCUUCAAGCUUCGGUGCCUAUUAGAAUCGGAGGAGAGGCUGCUGGAGCCUGCAAGUUUGGAAUUCCUUCAAGCGGUCUUCGACCGGGUUGUCCCAACUUCCACCUUCAUUGAGAAGGGUUUGAACCCACAGUCUGGUAUUGUCCGGCAGUGGCGCUUGGUGAACCCAGAGGAAAAGAAACGAUACGCAGCACUAGCUAGAGGCCAAAACAUUCAGUCUAAAGCUGUGGCAUCUGCGAGAAAAGCGCUCCAAGAACAGGGUGAGUCUCUUAGGGGCGGCUUCUGGGGUAUGAGCGCCCCAACAGGUUUCCCUAUGGCCCGAGAGCUGGCAGAAAAACAUCUCGAUUCUGCAAAAUUGAAAGCCCAAGAAUUUGCAGAAAUGAGUCGGAGCCUGAAGCCAGACAGCCCCGACAGCCUUGAUGGCGCCCCUGCAAUGCGAGUCCCUCUAUGGCCCACUUGCGAGCCAGAGCUUUGCCCCCAUUCUUUGGAUGCAGAAAGACAGGCAUACUUUGAGCAGCUGCACGCAAUGAUUUUGGAAGUCAUCUUGCGUAAAGCACCAAAGCCGAGCUCUGUUUCUCAGGAACCUCUGGUCCUAGUUUUUGAGUCAGCAACGGCCGGUUCUGCUUUCUAUGCCACUGUUGCGUACAACACGCGCAAGAAACCCAUUGAAGCUGCGAUGCUGGAUCUGAGUGUGGCGCAAGAGGAGACUUGUCCUGCUGGGACGCUGUAUGUGCUUGCUUGCGACAGGAGAGAAACCGGCCACCUAGCCAUGGUUGGAGAUGUUGAAUUUUGUCUUCGCCUGGCACAGAGGGCCAGCGACUGGGAAGGAUCAGUCCUUGCUGUUGGGCCAGUUCGCAAGAUGGAUUGCUUUGAUAUUCUAGCUAGCAUGCCCAUUGACUGGGCCGCUUUGCAGAAGGAGGUAGCCACGGACAAAGAAUUGCAAGCGGCAAUGACUGCCUGGAAGAAGCUUCAUCCGAAAGCCGGCGCCGACAAAGGUCGCAAACGGCCGGUUCCGGGGCCCAGGCAGGGCGUUGGUCCUGCGAAGCGCUUCCAUGCUGCGCAUCCUGGCCCACCGAUCAGUGACGAUGAGACAUGGGGGGGCGAAGGUUCCUCGCAAUCAGCACCUGCAUCUGACGUUGAAUUAGCACCAGAUCAAGAGGCAGGGCCGCAGGCCAACGUUGCGGGCCGUAGGCAAAAGAUGAGGUUGAAGAGAUGGCUUGUGGAGGGCCUCAACGAUUCCGAUUGGGGAGCCAAUAAGCGCGCAAGUCACGUUAGCCUGGGUGGAGUGCAGUUAAGCCAGUUUGACAGCGGCCUGGACGAAGCAUCCUUGGACGGGCAGCAAGCAGCUGCGCCUUCUGUGGCAUCGACUGCCGGGGGACAGACACGCAUCUGUCACGAUUUGAAGAAAGCUCGGACAUGUCAGCUGUGCAACUGCUCCUCAUCUGACGAAAGCCCUCUAGACUAUGUGGGGGAGGAGAUCUUCCCCGAGGCCUCUGGCCGGGUGCCUUGGAGCUUGAAUAAGACGUACCCAAGCGUCGAUGCAUAUUACAAGCACGUUUCCCAAAAGAGCAACCAGAAAGAUCACACAGGCUUUUUGAGCGCCAGAAAGGAGUGGGUCAACCAACACAAUCAGGCUGGCCCUGACCGCAAACGACUGUUGAGCAAGACAGAGCUCUUGGAAGCCAAGAAGAAAUUGAAUUUCCAGAAAAGGACUGGCGGCAAAUUUCUAAAGCCCAAGAAGCAAUUCGUCGAGCGUGACUCGUGGGACCCCAAGCUGCAUGGCGGUGAAUAUGACCCUUCAAAGGAGGUGGCAGAGAAUUUGUUUGGAAAAGAGGUCAGAGGAGUUUGGAUCCUGAAAGGUCAGAAAGGAGUUUAUGAUUUCGAGGAGUUUCAGGAACUCAGCAUGGAAGCUUUGGUGGCCACACUCCAGGGAAGCGGUCCCAGUGCUAGCUCCUCUGCUUGUGCUGUGGCCUCUGGCCAAGUUGAGAGCGAGCCUGAUUCAGAGUCAAGUUGCAGCGGUGAGAACAAGUCUUCGGAAGAGGAGGAGGAGGCAGAAAACAUAUUCGGACCUUGCAAGAAGAAGCCUCCACAGUCAGGGCAAGGAGGCGUCGCUCCUAAACCUAAGCCCACCCCAUCGAACAAGGCCGCCAAGCAAGUGAAGUCCAGCGCGCCAAGGCCGGCUGAGGCAGCAGUUGCCCCGAAGCCAGACCGAAGGAGUGGCUCAGCGCGUGAAGCGAAAGGGCCGCAGAGACAGGACACCCAAGACAGCGGCAGCAGUACGUUCUUGGCUGACGGUAGGGCUCAAAGGGCUUUGCGGAACUUGUUAGAGAAGAAGAACGAGCUGAAGAGUAAGCUGGACGAAAUUCGAAUGGAUGACAGCAACCCAGAACCUGAUGCUCAUUCCCAGGCAGCCUUUAAGCAGAGCUGCGCAGACAGAGUUGCCACUUUGAAAAGCUUGGGCCGACAAGCCAGAGACUAUUUCAGACGAAUGGACAAGAGUUCCAAUAAGGAAUUCUUUGAAGACGGCAUCCAUGCCCUGCAAGAGGUUGAGACCAAAUCGGUGGCUCUGCAGAACUUGCUGUCGUCGGUGUCUGCACCAGGUUCUUUGCCUGAUGCGAUUGUGAAGGCAUAUGACGAUGCGGCAGCAGUUAUUCCUUCUAUGGGCACGUGCUUCCAAUUGAGGUAUGCUUUGGCAAAAGCUUCUCAGUGCUGCCUCUAUUCAGAGUACGACAAGUUCUGUUCUCAGUUUCUGCUGGAGUGUGACAACAUGAAGAACAUUAGCCAAGCCAUUGGCAAAGCCAAGCUGGAAGAAUGUGUUGUGGCCGAGAUUGAGAGCCGAGUCUUGUUGAAUUUGCGAGCCAUCAAGCCAGUUGAUGUCCAAGCUUUGGCCGCUGGCAAAGGUGAUGUGAGCAGCUUUACAGAAGCAGAGUCAAUCUUGAAGGCCGUGUGCAGAACACAGCGGGAACACGGCGACAGCUUCCUUGGACACUCGCUGGGCUAUGCAUGUUUGGUGGCCGCUGGCCUGGUUAGCUCUGGGGACUUGUCUGCCACGCGUGAAGCUUUGGAUGACUUGAACGAAGAAGAAGAGACGGACGAUAUUAGCGGCAUCAAGCAAUUCUUUCUCAGUCAUACAGUGGGCCAAUCUUUGGUUGACAUGGCUACCAGCCGAGUUUCUUCUGGGGAGACAGAGGCUGAUGCCAUGGAGGAUCUAAAAAAAUUCGAAUAUGAAUUGCAGCCUUUGGCCAGCCUAGCAGGCAAGAAAGUCAGAGGUGUGAAACUCAUUACCGAGCUUUUGCAGCCUAUUCAAGACUUGCUGAAACAGUGUGAGAAAAGGGUGUCUGCUUUGAAGGUUGGCAAAGCAGCAGCUAAGGCCACCAAGGAGGAGGCCAUGGAGGCAAAGUUAUCAAACAAAGCCUAUGAGCGAUUGCAUGUCCUCCUCGCUGGCCACGAGAAAGCAUUUGGUGCUGCAGCCCGAACCCUCUUGGAGGCCGAGUUGAAAGCCAACCUGUCGCAGAACGUGAAGCAUCUUCUUGGUCAGGGCAAAGAAAAGGAUGACGCCGCGCAACCCGCUUCAUUGGCUCAGCUGGAUGAGCUCUUGCCCAGCAUCCAGCACACGUGCAUUAUGGAACACGGAUUUUGGAAGCAUGGCUCGGCCACCGGCCAAGUUGAUAGCGUCCUGAAAGACUAUGAGGCAGUGUCGGCUAUGCUUUGCGCCAUGUUCAAAUUCGUGCGCGACACAAGCCAGAAGAAGCAAGUAGACGUAGCUCCGGCAGAUUUAAGAAAAUGGAUCGAGUCCUUGCCGAAGCGAUUGCCGGACUGGAUUGGCGAAGAGCUGUCCCAGCAGGUGCAGGAUCAAUAUCUGAAGAUCUGCGAGGGUAAGCAACAAGCUUUGGCUUCGGAAGGUUUGGCGGCCAUAGGCCAAGUUGUUGACCAAUGUCUUGCUAAGACAGUGCCAGCAUUGUCUGCUGAGGAGCAACAACACAUGUUGUUGAACAUACCUCGCGGAAAGGAGGUGAAGGGUUUGGCAGCUUCUUUCUUGGAGGUCGUUGGAUGGGCAAGCAAAAGCAAAAAGUCCGAAGCAGGACAGAGAAGUAUGGCAAUGGCUUUGUGUCGAACCAGCGAGGGUUUGGAAAAACUUUUGGCCGCAAAGGCGCCGACAUCAGACUUGCAGGAAACCCAUCUUGACAAAGCAGCGCCAUGGCUCGGGUCAUUGUCUUCUUCAUCAACGCAAAUGUUGCUGGGCCACCUCCUGGAUGCAAAGCGAACCCACGCUGUGGCGUACGCCAAACUGGGAGGCAUCAACAUGCCAGCAAUCAGUGACGAGGGAAUGUAUCGUAAGUCUGGGGUGCGACAUGUCGGAACUUUGGCUGAUUUGAGCCGUGUCGUGGAGGAAGACAUCAAGAGAAUGAAGGACUUGAGGUCAGCCCUGUCGAAGCUGAAGUCUUGCAAAUUUGGUUCGGAAGGGGACUCCCCGGGUUUGACAAACAUCACCAAAUUUCAGGAAAACAAUGGAUGGUAUCCCUUGGACCCCGUUCCUGGUGAAGCUGAUAGCCUUUUGGCCUGCAAGGAAGCAAAUUUCCAUGUUGCAGCUGUUGCAGCCAUGUGCCUGCUUCGAAGCGAAAGCAUCCAAGGCGGAACUCCUGACCCAAAAGCAUGCAAACAACUUACAGACAUCACCAUGACUCUCAAGCUCAAGUUCAAUCUUUUGCCAGAGAGAAAUGGAGACCUGCGCAAACAUGGAGCAGCUUUGCUUGCAGAGUGCGAGCGUGCAUCAGCAGGGAAAAAGCGGAAGAGCGACGCAGCUGAGGACCCAACUAUGAACAGCUCUGCAAAGGCACCGGCAAAGGCUGAGAAGGCAGAGACCACAGCCGCCCUAGCAGUUGCAGAGUCCGUAGCCACAGCAAAAAGCGCCGAGAGCCCAGCCUGCCAGGGUGAGCAAGCUGCAUGCGAUAAUGCAGCGGCUCUUGGUAAGGAGGCCGAUGCCGGCGACGUUGAUGACAGGCCCGAGAAGGAGGAGAAGGUCAAAGACAAAGAGAAAACAGAAAAGAAGAAAGACAAGAAAGAGAAGCAGAAAGACAAACAAGAAGACGCAAAAGAGAAGAAAGAGAAGAAAGAGAAGAAAGAAAAGAAGCAAAAGGACAAGAAGGAGAAGCCGGAUGAGGACAAGUCUAAGGAAAAGGCAAAGAAAAAAGAAAAGAAAGAACGAAGCGAUGAAAAGACUGAUGGUCAGAUGCUUUCCAGGGCAUUGAGGAAACAGCUGUGA